CUGUCUGUCAGGCUGCAUGAUCAACUGAUGGACACACAGAGGCUCACUUGCUUUCUCUUUCACUGAUCUAUAUUGUGUCUUUUACGGACAGGACAUCGGUUGUUUUGUGGACUUUCUUUGCGUUUUCUUCUUUGACUUAUCUGCGAGGUUAAAUUGACUCUUAACCUUCUUUCCCCUCACCCUCUUGGCUCUUCUGUUUUCUCCUGUUGGGAUUUUUUUCCCCCAGCCUAAUUGCCUGCUCUCCUGUGUGCAUAUCAACCCUUCUUUUCCCCUGCUCUCUUUCUCCUUGUCCUCCCAUCUUCCACCGUUCCCUGUCUCCUUGUGCGUGGUGUUUGGGCCAUGCUCUCCUCACCCACUGUGAUUCUCCAGCCGUAUGGACUCCCUGUCUACCCACAGACAACCACAUGCUACCCCAGCAUAGUUCAGGGAGGUGCCUCUCAGGAGGCCGGCCCCGGCAGUGGCGACCCCACCCUGCCUCAGGUCUACGCCCCUCCUCCCUCCUAUCCCCCGCCUGGUCAAGGUCCGCCAACAUCUGUAGGCAGACUGCCACCUCUUGAUUUUACCACUGCACACCCCAGCUCAGAGUACCCCGAACAUCCCCAACUCAGAGUCUAUCAGGGCCCUCAGCUUGACGGGGCAGAGGCUCUGACAUCCAGUAACACGGAGGAUGGCUUGGCCCCUGUGACCUCUGACCCCCAGUCUCUGAGCAUGUCCGUGUCAUCAGCGGGCGGAGCAGGAAGUGGAAGUGAUGAGGAGGGGUCAGGUAAGGCCCAACCGAAACGCCUUCACGUCUCCAACAUCCCUUUCCGCUUCAGAGACCCGGACCUCCGCCAGAUGUUUGGGCAAUUUGGGAAGAUCCUUGAUGUAGAAAUUAUCUUCAAUGAGAGGGGGUCCAAGGGCUUUGGGUUUGUCACUUUCGAGAGUGCGGGUGAGGCUGACCGAGCAAGAGAAAAGCUGAAUGGGACGAUUGUGGAGGGGAGAAAGAUUGAGGUUAAUAAUGCCACUGCAAGAGUGGUUACCAAGAAGCCACAGACGCCUCUUGUGAAUAGUGAAAUCUCAACUUCUGGAUGGAAGAUCAACCCCGUCAUGGGGGCGAUGUACGCACCUGAACUCUAUACAGUUGCCAGUUUCCCGUAUCCCGUAGCAACUCCCACAUUGGCCUACCGGGGCUCUGCGCUGCGCGGUCGAGGCCGAGCCGUCUACAACACAAUUCGCUCUGCUGCAGCCACGCCUACUGCUGUACCCACCUACCCUGGGGUGGUAUAUCAGGAUGGACUGUAUGGAGCAGAAGUCUAUGGUGGCUAUCCUGCAGCUUAUAGAGUGGCUCAAUCAGUAUCUGCUGCCACAGCAACCUACAGUGAUGGAUACGGACGCAUUUACACCACAGCUGCGGAUCCCUAUCACCACUCAGUCGGACCAACAACGACAUAUGGAGUUGGUACAAUGGCCAGUUUGUACAGGGGAGGAUAUAACCGCUUCACCCCGUACUGAGCCACCCACUGGUGGGAAGACGUCUCUUUUGAACUCUGGGAUUGGCUGUUCCAUGGACACUGCACGAUAGAUUGUGAAAUGUGGAAAUGGUUUUACUUCCUGCCUCCAUCACAACCUCUCCUCGAGAGACUAAACAGACUGAAGUUGUAAAUAGUGUAGGACCCAUUUACUGUCCAUUCUACUGACGAAUAGCACCUGGAAGAGGUAGUUAUGUAAUAUAUAGACUUAAAAACCUUUAAAGGAUUAUUGUUUUCUGAAUUUAAAGAGUAGUGAUGUUGGCUAACACUACAGAAGUGGGUGAAAAAUACUGUGAGAAUGAAUUUUGUGAAUAAUAUCUGCAAGAUUCACGGGUCAAACUG